AUGAUUCAAAAAGCAAGAACAAUGAUUUUAGGAAAAAGUCGCGAUGACCGCCGACCGAAUUUGUGUCCAGAGAUUCGGGUUGCAGCCGUUGUGAGCCCAUUGAGCCAUAGGCAUAUGGAGGCUAGGGAAGAGUUAUGCUAUAUUCGACCCGACUAUCUUCAACCCGGGCAUGCAUCACUUUCAGACGGUGAUCUUAAACACAAUAGCAUGAUCCCUCCCCCGCUGUCCAUUUCAAAGCUGCGACGUGGGAAACAGAUCACAGAGCUGACGAAUGGCCAACUCAUUGCUGGCCGUCAAAGCAAAAGACUAAGCGGCAUCACCCACGAGAUACACGACAAUGACUCGAUCCAACCUCUGGAUACAUCGCAUGUCACCCUAUCGCCACAACCUCCAGAUGAGGAAAACAUUGAGAGGAGAAAGGAUGCUGAGUACUUCGCCGAGAAGAUUGCACAGUUCUAUGGCUUCGAUGUUGUUUACGUCGCUAGCAUAGACUCUACUUUACUAGAGCAAGCCCGACCUAACGCUUUUGCAACGGUACUUGUGGCUUAUACUGUCCCAGGAGUGAGUUUGCCGCGGCUGGUACCAACAGCGCUGUACCGGAUGCCUGUUGAGGAGGAUGGGUGGAUUCACGAUUUCGAAGCGUUACCAUCCGACUUCCAAAGCGGAUAUAGGCGCCUUUUCGAUGGAAAGUCGGUUAAAUAUGUUUUCAUGUGUUUUGCCAGGCCCAGAGCUCGAUAUAGUGACCGCGAGUCUAUAACGCUAUUUGAGGAUGCUGAGUGGCUAGCACAAGCAGUCACAUCACGGCCAUUUUGGAUAUGA